AUGUCUACUCCUCACUCUUCCCUGCCAUCCGCCCUCCAGGGCCUCUUCAGCCGUUCACCACUCCCCCCCUUGCGGCCUUCCAAGCCCUACGACUCAGCCCUAACACCCGUCAUCACGGGUCUCUCUUCCCAGUAUCCCGCCAGCGUCAUCUCCGGCCUUCACCUGCUCAACGACGACAUCGACAAUGCGCACACGGUUGCGCAGGCUCACGAAGGGGACCAGAGCUGCGAUACGUGGCACGCGUUCCUCCACAGAAGGGAAGGAGAUUACUGGAACUCCGGAUGGUGGAUCGCCCGCCUCUCUCAUCCCCUACUGCUCAAGUUCGCAAAUGCGGAGAGCAUGAGCAAGGCGAAAGCAGAUGCGAAGUCGUUUGUGAGUGCGUGUGAACGGAUAGGGAUGGGCAGGAGCGAGGGCGAAAUAUUGGAGAAAAGGCAGUAUGACCAGUUGAGGGAGCUCUGUGAUUGGGAUAUUGAGCAUGCGAAGUGACGGUGGGGUCAUAUCGAGUGUCUCGUUUCCUGUUUGUGAUGAGUUGCUGGUGUGAUUGAUCAAGACUUUACGACCAGCGUAGAUUAGGUCGAUUAUGUGUAUUUCCCGUUUCUGUUCUCCCUCUUCGUUCUUCGCACAAACGUGGGUGGGUAACAGAGGACACGUUUGAACGCC